CCAUUUGCACCUUGUCAUCAAACUAUAACAGGCGCUUUCAUCCCCCAUUCUUUCGACUUCUUCAGUCUGCAGUCUGCAUGCUUGCUUGCGCAGCAUGUCGGCCAGACCAUCAAUCAACACGGCUGGCCAGCCUGCCGGCCGUCAGACUUGGGAAGCCAAGUUUGAGUCAGCCGAGGUGUCCACCACCGACUUCAAUGCCAUAGUUUUCGAUUACCUCGUGGUCCAGGGCUUUUCGGGUGCCGCCAUCGCAUUCGCACGCGAAGCUGGCAUUUCUCAGACGAUCGACCAAGCCAUGAUUCAAGAGCGGAUGGAGAUUCGACAAGCCGUUGAAGAUGGUCGCGUUGAGGAGGCUGUUCGCCGAGUCAAUGAGCUGGAUCCAGAGAUUCUGGACACCGACUCUACGCUACUCUUCCACCUGUUUCUCCUGCGAUUGAUCGAGCUCAUUCGUGCCGAGCGCAUCGACGAUGCGUUGCAGUUUGCCACUCUCGAACUCGCCCCUCGCGGCGCCCAGAACCCCGAAUUCCUCGCCGACCUGGAGAGAACCAUGGCCCUCCUCGCGUUUCCAAACAUCACCAAGGACGACCUGUCGAGUGACCCAGCGUAUGCGCCAAUCACCAAGCUUAUGAGUCGCGAUCAACGCACCAAGGUCGCGAAGGAACUCAACGCGGCGAUUCUGGAUAGCCAGGGGCAGGGGAAGGAGACUAAGCUCGCCGGUCUCAUUCGGCUGAUGGGAUGGGGAGAGGAGCGCCUGAGUAAGGCUGGCAUUACUGUUCACGACGAUCGUGGCCGCCAAUGGGCCGACGCUGUACUUGACGAAGUGUAAGGCAAAGUUGUAUGGAGGAGCUAAUAUUGUAUAUAUUGGUGUAUGAUGUUACCAAAGUCAAGAAGUAGGAGCAAGUCACAUGAUCUGGUCGGUCGCCGGAGUGACCGAAUGAAUGAAUGAUUAUGACUCGAUGACA